AUGGAUUUAUCGAUGUCAAUCCUAGUUUUACUUGAAAUAAUAGCGGCAUGCAUUACUUAUGGUUUGGGUUUUAUUGGUAAUUUAUUAUCAUUAAUUAUCUUCUUUUCACAAGAAGAAUUUCGAAAUGUUUCAACUGGUGCAUUAUUUAUUCUUAUGACCUUUUCAAAUACUAUUCAUUUAUGCACAUUAACAACAGAAUUUCUUGCUAUGUUUAAUAGUUAUGCUUAUUCAAAUGUAUUUUUACAAUGCCGACUUAAUUAUUUUGUACAAAAUGUUAGUCGAACAGUGAGUACUUAUUUAGCUGUUGCUAUUACAUUAGAUCGAUUGAUUCGUUCGGAACUCCCGAUGCGUUCAAGAAUAAUUUGUACGCGUCGAAAUGUCAUUAAAUUGACUUUAAUUUAUUUAAUGAUUUUCUCUAUUCUCUAUUCAUUUUGGUUUUGUCCAAUGGUUACAAUGAAUCCUAUUACGAAUACAUGUUCUACUAGUCAAUCACCAAUAUAUUAUUAUUUUAUUAGUAAUAUUUAUCUGCCAAUACGAUUAAUUAUUGUUUGUAUUAUUCCAGUUGUUAUAAUGAGUUUAGCAAAUAUUCGUAUGUUACUUAAUAUAAAACAAUCUCGACAACGUGUUGAUCCAAGAAAUCAAAUAGAUACAAAUGUUACUGGAAUAAGUAUGAGUAUAAUAAAUGGACGUAUGACACCAAUUGAUCGAAUGUUAUUCUAUAUGAUGUUGACUAGUGUUGGUACAUUUAUUAUAACACAAAUUCCAUUUAAUGUUUAUACACUCAUACGAGCGAAUUAUGACAUAUUUGAUUUAAAUACUCAUUUAUUGGUUCGUGCAAUACUUUUAAUUUGGUCAAGUAUUUAUUUUGGUAUUGGGUUUUAUUUAUAUUGUUUCGGAUCACCACUUUUUCGUGAAAAAUUCUUUCUUAUGAGUAAAAAACUAGUGACUUGUAUAUGGAGACCUCGUCCAGCAUGA